AUGACUACAAAGAUUGCCAUUUCUUUUGGGAAAGGCCUGGGAAAGCUUAUCAAGGUAGAUGCUUUAAGUGGUGAAAAGAAAACGUUUAGAAGCUUUCUAAGGCUUCUUGUGGACAUUGAAGUGGGGAACCCUCUGAAGCCUGGGUUCAUUUUUCGUAGAGAUGGAGGUGAGUCUCUCUGGAUUUUUCUGAAAUAUGAGAGAUUGGAUAUAUACUGCUCUUCUUGUGGAAGGAUUGGUCAUAAACUCUUCCAUUGCACUGCUCCACCCGAAGAUAGAUUUCCUGAGAAGUAUGCUGUUUCUCUCCAAGUUAACAUCUUCUCUAACAUGCUGUCAAACUUCCCCAUUACAAAAACCUGCCCUGCCAUUGCCAUAACCCAAACACAACCUUCAUCUUCUCAAAAUAGGACAAAUGAGUUAACUCAGUCUAGUGAAGCUAGCCGAACUCCUGUUCACAAUGCCCAAACUCAGCUAGACUCUACACGUCUCAUGCAGCAGAAAAUAUCUCAAACAUUUGUGACAUCACUCCCCACCUCUCCUUCAUUAAAUGCCAUCACCUUUAUCCCCUCCACCGCUUCUGCUCAGGACAACACAGCCAUACCACCAACUCCUUCAAUAAAUGCCAUCACCUUUAUCCCCUCCACCGCUACUGUUCUGGACAACACAGCCAUACCACCAACUCCACAUCAAUCUCUUAUCCAUCCCAUAUCCCAACCUCCAAAACAGUUAUCUCCUCACUCCCAAUGCUCGUUAGUUUCGAACCAGGAUCUACCUGGGCCCUCCACUAAAGCCCAACCUUCUCUAUUCAUUAGUCUCCCAUUAAGCCCAAACAUGUCUCUACCUCUCCCCUCCACAUCAGAAUUCACUUUCAAGCCAACGGUAUUAACUAACCCUUCAACUCUACCCGGGAAAAAAAUUUCAAACAAUUCCAAAAAAGCUAGCCCCUCAAAAAACACUCGUUCUUCCCUCUUCCCACCACGCCUACACAAACCUGUAAAGCCUUCCCCUCCAGGUUAUAACCCUCCUCUGGUUAAAAAGAAAAGAGCUAGGCUGACUGGGGAUCUUCUCCCAUGUAAGAAAGGCUCUUGUAGCUCGCCUCUGAUAGCUCUCACACCUGAUGAGUUGGAAUCUCCCACUCCUAUGGACUCCAUUCCAAACAAAUUUCUGCAGCUCCCAGCAAGGGGACCAUGUGGUGUCCCCCAGCAGCAUAUGAAGAUUUUAUCUUGGAACUGCAGAGGGAUUUCUCGCCCUGCUGCAGUUCGUGGUCUCAGGGCUUUGAUCAGAGCCAAUAGCCCUGAUGUUCUCUUUCUCUCUGAAACAAAAACUUCUCCUUCUCAAGUCUCCUCUAUUCUGAAUCGUCUUGGUUUCUACUUGAUGACUCAAGUUGCUUCAAUUGGUUCUAGUGGUGGUCUUGUUCUUGCCUGGAGGUUAGGCGUGGAACUAGAAAGCUUUCUCACAAAUAAGAACAACAUCACUGCUUGGUGUUAUUCUGACCCUCCCAACUGCCCCUGGAUCCUAUCUUGUAUUUAUGGCCCCUCAGAAAAGAAAAACAAACUAGCCUUCUGGGACUCUCUCACUGCUGCUGGUGAGGCUUUUGUUAGUCCAUGGCUCUGCAUUGGUGAUUUCAACUUUGUGCUGGAUCAAUCUGAAAAACUUGGAGGCAGACCUGUUGCUAGCUCCUCCCACUGUCCCUUCAGAAACUUUAUAGAUCAGCAUGGCAUGGUGGACCUUGGCUUUGUUGGUAACCCCUUCACUUGGUGCAACAAUAGAAAAGGUUUUGCUACUAUUAAAGAAAGGCUUGAUAGAGGUUUAGCCUCCCUAGAGUGGGUUCAUCUUCACCCUGAUUUCUCUCUUAUCCAUCUCCCGGCCUCCAUCUCAGAUCAUAACCCCAUCUCUCUAAACACUAAUACUACCUCCUCCUUUUUGCCUAGACCUUUCAAAUUUGAAGAAUUCUGGACUCUGGAUCCCUCUUGUGGUCUGGUCAUUGCAGCUACUUGGAAGCAUUUGGUUUCUGGCCCUCCAGGCCUUGUUCUGGUGAAGAAGCUGGCUCAAACUAAAGCAGCCCUUAAAAGGUGGAACAACCUUAUUUUUGGUAACAUUCAAGCAAAGAUCAAGUCCUCUCUGUUUAAGAUUGAUCAGAUCCAGACUUCCCCUCCUAGCUCCCAAGCUAGCUUGCAAGAAUCUCUGCUGAAAAAAGAACUUGAUGGUUUAUUGAUUAAAGAAGAAUCUCUUUGGAGGUCAAAAUCCAGAGAAACUUGGUUGCAGUGUAAGGAUCUCAACACCAGAUUUUUCCACUCCUCUACUCUGAUUAGAAGAAGAUCAAAUGCAGUAAACUUUUUGAAGACAAAUGAAGGGGCAUGGAUUUCUGAUAGAGCUGAAAUUGGAGGGAAUUUUGUGUCCCAUUUCUCCAAUUUGUUCUCCUCCUCGGUUCCUCCUAUUGAAGAAGAUAUGCUUAGUCUUUUUGAUCCUGUUGUCUCUGCAGAGGACAACUCUUUCUUAUGUGCUUACCUCCUGAAGAAGAGAAAUUUUUUCCAGAAUCAUCAUCUGCAGCAGGAGCAAAAUCACUCUCACAUUGCUUUGAUUCCAAAGCAGCAGGGUUCUCAUUCAGUGCACCAUUUUCGGCCUAUCAGCUUGUGUAACAUUGUCUACAAAAUUAUUACAAAAAUUUUGGCUACUAGAUUGAAGACUUUGCUCCCCAAGAUCAUAUCUCCCCUGCAAUCAGCUUUUGUUCCUUCCAGAAAUAUCCAAGACAACACCAUUCUGGCCCAUGAGCUUCUGCAUUCUUUCAAAAGCAAAAAAGGGAAAGGGGGUUUCAUGUUUCUUCAUAUGGAUAUGGAGAAAGCUUUUGACAAAAUGGAAUGGGAUUUCAUAUUAUCUGUUAUGAAGAAGUUGGGAUUCCAUCCAUCUUGGAUUAACUGGAUCAGACUUUGCAUCUCCUCUUCUUCUUUCUCCAUUCUUAUUAAUGGAAGCCCCUUUGGUCAGUUUUCCCCCAAGAGAGGCCUUCGCCAAGGUGAUCCCCUCUCUCCAUUCCUUUUCAUCUUAGGCACAGAAGUCCUAUCUAGAUUGCUGUUUAGAGAAGAAACUCUAGGAAACAUCAAAGGGCUGAAAAUCUCCAGGAAUACCCCAGCCAUCCACCACCUCCUUUUUGCUGAUGAUCUCUUGAUCUUUGGUAAAGCCACCCUCAAAGAACCAAUAGUAUCUGUUCUUGCCUUAAGAAAUACUGCCUCUGGUCUGGCCAAUCCAUUAACAAUGGAAAAUCUUCUAUAA